AUGGAAAAUAAUAAACAUUUUGGAGUCAUUGGAAGAAAGGCAGAGGGAAGAAGAAACAGGAAACACAAUCAAACAGAAGUGUUUGAUGGAUUGUGCAAUCCAGGGACAAAUCAAUCAGAUGAAGAUGGACAUUACAAUACUGGCCAAUUCAUUACAAAUAUUAAUAUAGGGGAUCUACGGAACGUUAUCAACGAAAAGAGCACGGGAGAGAAUAAUCAAUUUCUUCAAGAAUACAAGAGACUUCCUCCGGCGAAUCUGAACGUUUGUGAAAGUGCCAAAAAGACGGAAAACGUUGCAAAGAACCGGUUUAAAACAACAUUUCCUUAUGACCAUUCCAGGAUCAUUCUUAAGGAAUUCUGGACAGACCCUGACAGUGAUUACAUCAAAGCCAACUUUAUUUCGGAUUGUAAAGGAGAAAAUCGCUAUAUUGCAGCUCAAGGGCCUAAGAACAACACAUUGAAAGAUUUUUGGAGAAUGAUUUGGCUAGAAGACAUUUAAGAUAUUAUCAUGCUGACUAACUUAGUAGAAAAUGGAAAGCACAAGUGCACCCAAUAUUGGCCAAAUAACGAUAAUUCAAUGCAAAUUGGUCCAUGUAAUAUAUCUCUAUUGGAGGAAAUAGUGUAUACAUUCCAUACAUUGCGAAAACUUUCGGUAGAAAGAAAACAACCCUACAGUAGGAGAGUCUUUACGCAAUAUCACUUCACCGCCUGGCCAGACCACGGUACACCAGAGGAAGUGGCACUUGUUCAGUUCCACAGAUUUGUAGCCAAUAGAAUACACACAGACGUUCCAUUACUAGUGCACUGCAGUGCUGGCGUGGGUCGUACAGGAACAUUUAUUGGACUUGAUUCACUCCUGAGACAGGGAAGAGACACUGGACAGAUCAACGUUUUCGAGUUUGUCAAACAAAUGAGAGAGAAUAGAAUGACAAUGGUUCAAACGCCGGAACAGUAUGUUUUCCUGCAUGAAGCAUUAACCUGUGGAUUCCAGGGUAACUCUCUUCUGUCAAAAGACGAAUUUCCGACAAAAACGGAAGCAUUUCUGAAUGACAACACACCCUUAAAUCAGAGCGCACUUUACAGAGAGUUUAAGCUUUUACAAACAUUGAAAUCAAGCUACAACUGUGGAAAUGACGAAGACGCCAGGAAGGCUGAAAAUAUCAAUAAGAACUAUAAUGAAGACAUACUACCUGUUUCAAAGUAUCGACCGUACCUUACAACGUAUGUGAAAGGAAGGAAUGAUUAUAUCAAUGCGGUGAUGGCACCAUCUUAUAUAAAUCCGUCUGGAUUCAUAAUAACCCAAAAACCUCUUUCAAAUACUGAGGUUGAUUUGUGGAGAUUGUGUUUUGACCAUGAAGUUCACGCAUUGGUGGUGCUUAAUGCCAAAGAUGAGGCAUGUGAUUGGCUUCCGAAGAGAGGAUUGUCUAAGGCUUGUAUUCCUUUCACCCUUACAGUUGGCGCCACCAGUAGCAAUAUCGGUGGUGUAUCACAGGACCAUCUAGUAAUUUCAAGCGAUAAGGCGAAGAAAGAAAUAGAGGUUUUCCAAAUACAUGCUGAUGAUAAUGAUGCUGUACUCAAAGCCGCAGAACUCGUACGAGGAAAGGCGAAACAAUCGUCCUUUACUUCUGUUGUCAUAAGCAAGGACGGAGCAGGGCCAGCUGGUAUGUUCUGUGUCUUACAUAACGCGCUUCAACAGAUCAGUACGGAUGGAGAGGUUGACAUAUUUACCAUAGCCCGGCAGUUAAAGGUUAGAAGACCGGAAGUUUUCACAAAGCUUGAGGAGUACAGUCGAUGUUAUCAGUUGGUGUCCCAGUCUGUUUCAACAGAAGGAAUAUAUGUCAAUAUGUGAUAAGGACACCGCUUACGUUUCUUUUUUUUUUUACUU